UUUUCGUCCGAGCACAGGGAACCGAUCCCAUACGAAACCUCGAAUAGCCUCCCAAUCCCUAAACCCGCCCCGAUUCCGCCCCCUUCCCCCAAUUCCGUCGCCGAAAUCCCGCCUCCAAUUCCGAUCGACUCCCGAUCUUGCUAGGGGAGUAUCUCCUCUUAAUUCCGUCCAUCUGUCGGUCUGUCGCCCUGACCCUUCCGCCGUUUCGAGUCGCCGUCGGUUAGAAGGCUUGGGACCGCGUGGGUGUUCCGGAUUGAAUUCGUCUUGGAAUGGGAGAUCUGCAGUCGUGGCCGCCGCUGGACAACGGCGACGCGGCUGGGGGGCACCACUCGCCGCGGGCGCAAUUGCAGGAGCCUAAUCCCCACCCCUCGAUGAUCAGGGCCGAGAACUGGCGACGGGCCGAGGAGGCCACUCGAGAGGUCCUGCGGUGUAUCCGGCCGACGGUGGUCUCCGAACAGAGGCGGAAGGCCGUCGUGGAUUACGUACAGCAGCUGCUCAGGACGCGCAUCCCGAGUGAUGUGUUCCCAUUUGGAUCAGUUCCCCUGAAGACAUAUCUUCCUGAUGGAGAUAUUGACCUUACUGCUCUUGGUUUUCCAAACACUGAAGAUGCUUUGGCAAAUGAAGUGUGUUCUGUUCUUGGAGAAGAAGAACGGAAUAAGGAUGCCGAGUUUGAAGUGAAGGAUGUACAACUCAUUCGUGCUGAGGUUAAACUUGUCAAAUGCAUCGUGCAGAAUAUUGUGGUGGAUAUCUCAUUCAAUCAGAUUGGUGGGCUUUGUACACUUUGCUUUCUUGAGAAGGUUGACCGAAAAAUUGGGAAAAAUCAUCUUUUCAAACGCAGUAUAAUAUUGAUCAAAGCUUGGUGUUAUUAUGAAAGUCGCAUUCUUGGAGCUCAUCAUGGUCUGAUUUCGACAUAUGCAUUGGAGAUUUUAGUAUUGUAUGUCUUCCAUCUAUUCCAUAAUUAUUUAGAUGGCCCUUUGGCGGUUCUAUACAUGUUUUUGGACUACUAUAGCAAAUUUAAUUGGGAGAAAUACUGUGUCAGUUUAGAUGGUCCUGUUUCUGUUUCUUCGCUACCAGAGCUAGUCGUGGAACCACCAGAAUCUAAUGGGAGCUGUUUACUACUUAAUGAGGAAUUUAUUAAAGAAUGCACAGAAAUGUUUUCAGUUCCAUCUAGAACAUAUGGAAAUAAUUACCAGGUAUUCACUCAGAAGCAUCUAAACAUAGUUGAUCCUUUGAAACGAAACAAUAAUCUUGGACGAAGUGUUAGCAAAGGUAACUUCUACCGUAUUCGCAGUGCAUUUACUUAUGGUGCUCGAAAACUUGGUCAGAUACUUCUAUUGCCUUCUGAAAGUAUUGGAAAUGAAGUUAAUUUGUUCUUCAAAAGUACUUUGGAUAGACAUGGAACUGGGGAAAGGCCCGAUGUGCAAGAUGCAGCUUCUAGUUGUCCAGACAGUGGAACUAUUAAUGAUAAUAGGGUUGAAUCUAUAUUAUCAAACUUGAAUAUUGAAGACAACAACAAGGAGUCACAUGUUCUAUGUUCAAUGGCCAGUAUGUCUAACGGCACAUUAAGUGAGAAGAUAAAUAACAUCAAGAUUUUAGACUCGGAGCAGGAGAACACAUCCAAAAAGCAAUCUGACAGGCAUUCCUCUAGUCAGAAUUAUAACUCAAACUGGCUGCAUAACUGUUUUAAAAUUGGUUCUGUUGUUCCUGUGGAAGAUGUUUCAGGUAAACAUUUGGUUGAUAAUGCUAGAGAUCUUGUUUCUGCUAGAUCAUAUGAUUCAAGGUCAUCAGAUGAAAGUCUCAAGGCUUCAACUUCUGGAAAAGUUCAUCAUGCACCCCACUUGUUCUUUCAUGUAGAGAACAUAUCUGAGGAUGGGACGAUCGAUAAUUUGAAUUCAGGGGAUAAUGGAACAGAAAGAGUGUCUUCAGGCAGAUCUUCAGCCCCUAAUGAGGAAAUGAAACAUGAAAUUAAGACAUCAAGUAGUGCAUCCUGUUUUAGAAAACCCACUUUUUCUGUGGCUGCUGGAUCCAUCCAUGAAUCAUCAUCAUCAAGUUGGAAUUCCUAUCUGUCAGAAGAUUCAAGCCUUGGGGAUUGCUCAACUAAUGGAAAUUUAAGUCAUGCAAGUCCCAAAUCUAGUAAAUUGUCAGAUCUCAUUGGUGAUUAUCGUCUGUACUUUAGCAAUCUUCAACAUGCUCAGGAGUUCCAGGAAUGCAUAGUGAGCUCAUAUCUAGUCCCAGUCUACCGAACAUCUCCUUCCCAGUUUCAGAGCAAACACACCUGGAACAUGCGAAACAUGUACUCGCAUCUAGGUGCAAAUGGACUUGGUCCUGCACCACCAUUUUCUCCAAGUUAUUAUUUAAUCCCACCUGUGAUUUCUAAUGAUUAUGGUACCAAAGAUAUCACAAAAACAAGGGGAACUGGCACGUACCUUCCCAUCACGAAUUCUCGUUCAUACAGAGAUAGACAACCAUCAGGAAGGGGCAAGAAUCAAAUGCUUACAGAUCACUCUCCAAGAUACCACAGACAUGGUCCCAUGGACACACCAGAUUAUGGGGGUUCAUCAGAGGAAAGGAAUCAGUGGUCAUCUCCACGUUCACAAGCUCCAGCUUUUGUGGUAAAUGGUCAUGAAAAGCCAAUUCCAUCGGAUGUUCCUCAGUCCACACGCCCUGCUUUUGUGGUGGUUCCCCGUGGCAAUCCACCAGAGGGAAAACUCGAAUUUGGGUCUCUUGGUCCUGUUACUGUGGGAGUUCCCUCUCCAGGACAAGGUAGCAAUUUUGAGUCAGUCAAUCUUGUCGGUCGGGGCUUAGGGUCAGUGAUUCCUGAAUCAACGGUUGAAAGACCCUAUAAGAGCUUGAACCAUGCAAGGCUAAGCCAACCAUAUCAGCUCAAAGAUGAAGGUGAUUUCCCUCCACUAGCCGGAUGAAGGCCAUGGACUACAUUCUCCUACAUCAAGUAGAAAGCAGAUAUGGGAAGACUUGAACAUCAAAUGCUAACUAUGUGGAGCAGUUGCUUGAGCAGCAGUUCUAAGGUGUAAAUAGUAAUGUGUUUUUUGUGUUAGGGUGGUGAAUUAGCAUACUGUACAUCCUAAUUGUCUUUUUAAAAUCGGUAUCUCACACCACAUUAUGGUGGAUCUUGAUCAGGUCGUGAUUUAUUCCCCUCUUUCAAUCUAUAUAGUUUGUGCCUUUGCAAUGCUUUAAA